AUGACAGAGUUUUUGGAUUUGGAAACCCAAGACGCCGUGCGAAUGCCAUGGAACGUACUCCCCGGUACAAAACAUGAGGCCGCACAAUGCAUCAUCCCCAUUUCUGCCAUCUACACACCGCUGAAACCAUUACCCAAAACCACCCCUCUCCUCCCUUACUCCCCUCUACGUUGCCGGAAUUGCCGAUCUAUCCUCAACCCAUUUUCAAUCGUCGAUUUCUCCACCAAAAUAUGGAUCUGCUCCUUCUGCCUCCACCGCAACCACUUCCCCCACCACUACCAAUCAAUAACCGAGGACAAUCUCCCAGCCGAACUCUUCCCUCAGUACACCACAAUCGAAUACGAACUCCAUAAUGAAAAACCCUCUCCCCCGAUUACCUCUCAGGUGUUUUUAUUUGUGGUGGAUACUUGUAUCAUCGAGGAGGAAAUUGGGUUCCUGAGAUCGGGGCUUGCACGGGCGAUUGGGCAGAUUCCGGGUAAUUCACUUGUGGGUUUGAUUACUUUCGGAAGUAAGGAGAUCAGUAAAGAUCAGGUCUUAGAGCAGAUGGGUUUCUUUCAGAAGAAAGCAAGACCAGCUACAGGCAGUGGUCCUGGAACUAGAGAUGGACAUUUGCAGGAUAAUGUUUCAAGGUUCUUAUUACCAGCUUCAGAGUGCGAGUUUGCUGUCAAUUCGGUAUUGGAUGAGCUUCAGAAAGAUUCAUGGCCAGUUCCUGGAGAUCAAAGGGCAGCAAGAUGCACUGGAACUGCAUUGACUGUGGCUGCUCAUCUACUGGGAGCAUGUGUUCCUGGUUGUGGUGCUAGAAUUAUGGCCUUUUUGGGUGGGCCAUCAUCCGAAGGGCCUGGAUGUAUAGUUUCAAAAAGUUUGUCUGAACCUAUUCGAUCUCACAAGGAUCUAGAUAAAGAUUCUGCUCCUUUCUAUCAUAAAGCAGUGAAGUUAUAUGAAGGACUCUCAAAGCAACUCGUGCAUCAAGGUCAUGUACUUGAUGUCUUUGCUUGUGCUCUUGAUCAGGUUGGGGUAGCUGAGCUUAAAAUUGCAGUUGAAAGAACUGGAGGACUUGUUGUGUUAGCAGAAAGCUUUGGGCAUUCGGUUUUUAAAGAUUCUUUAGUUCGUGUUUUUCAGUCUACAGAUAACGAUCUUGGUCUAUCCUCCAAUGGUAUGUUUGAGAUAACUUGCUCAAAGGAUGUAAAAAUUCAGGGUGUUCUUGGUCCAUGCGCAUCACUUGAAAAGAAAGGACCUUUAUGUGCUGAUACCACAGUAGGUCAAGGGGGUACUACUGCUUGGAAGAUGUGUGGACUUGAUAAAUCGACUUCUUUAUGUUUAAUAUUUGAUAUUACAAAGAAGGAGAUCCCAGAUGUUGCUGGUCAAGCAGUCAACAAUCAAUUUUAUUUCCAAUUUUUGACAUAUUAUCAAAAUAGCAAUGGACAAAUGAGGCUUAGAGCUACAACCCUAUCUAGAAGAUGGGUCACUGGGCAAGGAAGCAUACAGGAUUUGACUGCGGGAUUUGACCAAGAAGCAGCUGUGGUAGUAAUGGCGCGCCAAGUUUCUUUCAAGAUGGAAACCGAGGCAGAAUUUGAUCCUAUAAGGUGGCUUGAUAAAUCACUGAUACAUCUCUGUUCUCACUUUGGAGACUAUCAAAAAGACAACCCGUCUUCAUUCGUUUUAUCCCCACGCUUAUCGAUAAUUCCUCAGUUUAUUUUCAAUUUGCGACGCUCUCAAUUUGUACAGGUCUUCAACAACAGCCCAGAUGAGACCGCGUACUUUAGGAUGGUUAUGAAUCGAGAAGAUGUUGCGAAUUCAGUUGUGAUGAUUCAACCUUCGUUAAUCACUUACGCUUUCAAUUGCGGAGCAGAACCAGCUCUCUUAGACGUAGCAUCCAUCGCUCCUGACAGAAUCCUUCUUUUAGAUUCCUAUUUUACUGUCGUUGUAUUUCAUGGAUCUACGAUUGCUCAAUGGCGCAAAGCUGGGUAUCAGAACGAGCCUGAACACGAGGCAUUUGCCCAGUUGUUAAGAGCUCCUAUUAGUGAUGCUGAGGCUAUUGUAAAUGAAAGAUUUCCAGUACCUCGUUUCGUCAUCUGUGAUCAACAUGGAUCCCAGGCUCGAUUUUUGCUAGCAAAACUAAAUCCUUCAGCUACAUACCAUUCAGAUGCUCCUUUAGUACCUGGUGGGGAUAUUCUUUUCACUGAUGAUAACACCAUACAACUAAAUCUCCAGUUUUGUGAUUUAGUUGCAGCUAUGCAAGGAUUUUGCUCACCAAGUAACAGUAGAUCAGGUGGCAUUCUCAGUUGCCAUUUUAUUCUGUAUAUUAGUUAUAGCACAACAUUCAUGUCUAUUGCCUUCUUAGCCAGAUGA